AUGAAUGAAUAUCCCCAUUCUGGUCCAGUUGAUCAUUCACGGCGAUUUCAGUCUAAGUGGUUUGAGACUUUUAAUUGGUUGGGGUAUUUACCAACUACCGAUGCUGCUUAUUGUUUCCCAUGCUUUCUUUUUGGAAAAAAACCAUUAGGAAAAUCUAGUUCGGAUACUUUUACAAUGCAAGGAUUUAGGAACUGGAAAAGAGUUGGUGGAAAAGAUUGUGUAUUUGUAUCUCAUAUGGGAAAAGAUACUAAUUCAGCUCAUGCAUAUUCUGCUUUGUGUUGGGAGAAUAGGAAGAAUCCUAAAGGUCAUGUUGACACUGUCAUUGAAAAACUUGCCCCAAAACAGAUUGCUGAUAAUUGUUUGAGACUAAGUGUUUCAAUUACAAUUGUUCGAUGGCUUACAUUUCAAAAAUGUGCAUUUAGGGGACACGAUGAGAGUGCAACAUCACUAAAUCAAGGGAAUUUUUUAGAGAUGUUGAAACUAAUUGCUUAUUAUAAUAAAGAUGUACAAAAAGUUGUGUUAGGAAAUGCUCCACAAAAUGCUCAAUAUAUAGCUCCGGACAUCCAAAAGCAAAUUUUGCACAUCUUUGCUCAAAAAGUGCAAAAUGAAAUUCGCAAGGAGAUUGAACGGUUUCUGGAGUUGGUACAUGUCAAGGAUACUACUUCUAAGACCCUUAAAGAAGAAAUCACCACAGUUUUGUCUAAUCAUGAGUUAAGUAUUCAAAAUCUUAGAGGUCAGGGAUAUGAUGGAGCUAGUAAUAUGCGUGGGGAGUGGAAUGGUUUGCAAGCCUUGUUUAUAGAAGAUUGUCCAUAUGCAUACUAUGUGCAUUGCCUAGCACAUCAAUUGCAAUUGGCUCUUGUUGCUGCUGCCAGAGAAGUGUUCGAGGUUCAUGAAUUUUUUAAAGAUUUGAUAUUUAUUGUGAAUGUAGUCAAUUCUUCUUCUAAGCGUCACGAUGAAUUACAAGAUAGACAAGUAACCGAGUUGGAAUACUUGGUUGAAAUCGAGGAGGUUGAGACUGGUAAAGGGUUGAAUCAAAUAGGCACCUUGAAACGUCCCGAAGAUACUAGAUGGAGUUCUCAUUUCAAGUCCAUAUAUAGUGUUGUAAAGAUGUUCAAUGCUACUCGUUGUGUCCUUGAGACAAUUGCUACAGAUCGUCAAGCCACUUAUGCUCAACGUGGAGAUGCCACUUAUGCUCUUAAAAAGUUGUUGCCUUUUGAUUUUUUAUUCAUUUUACAUGUGAUGCAGGAACUUAUGGGAUAUACAGAUGCCCUUUAUCGAGUCUCUGAUUUGCAUGUUCCUUAUUCUGAUUUUAUUCGGUCUCGGCGUAACAAAGAUGUCAUAUCGGUGGAGCAUCACUAUAGGGUGGAUGUAUUUACAGCUACCAUGGAUCAACAAUUGCAGGAACUAAAUAGUCGUUUUAGUGAGCAAACAACAGAGCUACUUAUUUUAAGUACAACUUUGAAUCCUAUUGAUGGCUAUAAACAUUUCAAUGUGGAAAAAAUUUGUCGUCUUGCAGAGAAAUACUAUCCGGAGGACUUUUCUAAUCAUGAAAAUUCCAAAUUCCAUUUGAAGUAUCAACUUGAUUUAUUUUAUUGUGAUGCUCCUAAACAUCCAGAGAUGAAGAAUUUGUGCACUAUAGCAGAUCUAUGUCGAAGUUUGGCCGAAACUGGGAAGUCGGAUAUCUAUCCUUUGGUUGACAGAUUGAUUAGACUUAUUUUAACACUACCGGUUAGUACAUCGACUACUGAGAGAGCUUUUUCAGCAAUGAAAAUUGUCAAUACUAGUUUGCGGAAUAAGAUGAAAGAUGACUUUCUUUCAAACUACUUGGUUUUGUAUAUAGAAAAAGAAAUUGCUGAAAAAUUUACGGUUGAAUCCAUCACAUCAGAUUUUAAUUCCAUGAAACCAAGGAGAGUUCAAUUUAGUUGA